AUCGAACUCGUGUUUGCAACCCAGAUUACGGCAAUUCUUCUGUCCAGUUUGACUUGUCUAUGCAGCAGGAAAUUCAUGGAAUUUAGGAUACGCAUCGUCCACUUUUAAUUCCGAGAAUUUUUAAUGCUAAAUAUAGGCACAUCGAAGCUGGAAAAUUGUACUUUACCGAUGGAUCACUCAUAGAUUAAUCAACGAGAUUUGGAGUGUUCAUCGAAAUUUCUAGCGCUUAUUACAAUCUUCAGUGAUCGUGUUCUGAAUAAAUUGCAGAGUUAACAGCAAUUCAUUGGGCUUUGGACAGCGUCGCCUCAAGAUCAGUCGAACACACUUCAUUGUAACGGAUAGUCUCAGCUCUGUUGAAGCAAUCCGUUCAUUGAGACCUGGUAACACUUAACGUACUUUCUUGAGAAAAUACGAGAUCCUUUGAGUGCUUUGUCAAGACGUUGCUUUUCCAUCACCUUUAUUUCGGUCCCUUCACAUUGUUCGAUUAUAGGCAUUGGGAAGGCUGACUCUCUGGCAAAGGUGGGUGCUGAGGAAGGCGACACGUAUCAGCGUGAAAUCGUCUUCGACGAGUUUUACUUUCUGGUUCGAAAAAACUCUCUUAUCAACUGGCAGCUCAAAUAGAAUGAAGAUGAAUUAGAUCGGUGGCUCUAUUCGAUUAUCCCGAAGGAAACAUCCUAUGAGAAUCCCUUUCAUGUAAGUGAAGAAGUACGUCCGCAAUGUCCGGAAAUCAUGGAACUCCAAACAAGUCCGGUUGGCCUUCCGACGGCCAAUCCUCCGCGCUAUCUUCCUCAACGGACCGGAAAUUCUGACCCUCACCCGUUGGCCCAACCAAUGGGCCCGAUAGGUCCUUGGGCUUCCGGUAGAAUAGAUUGGGGGGCGCUUUCCGGUCAAACUGGAGCAAGACCGGUAGUCGAUCGAUAUUCCAUCACCCGGUACAGCGUCGACGAGUGGCGUCAGAAAAAUGCUUUCUCCUUGGAGGCUACUUCCAAUAUAAAUUCCAAGAGUGAACAGAUCGAACACAACAGCAAGAAUACAAUAGUCAAAACUUAUUCUUUUACGGAUAAAAAUCAAGCGGAGUGUACCCAAAGUCUACAUGAUCGGGCCAAAACUAUCGACGAUGUAAAAAGUGAGCUGGCCCGGGCUAUCAAGGCCAUGCAGGACGAAAUCAGUACCUUGGAGGAACAGCGCAGAAGGCUGAAGCAAUCGUUGGCCGUUUUACGGAUGCCGGAAGCUAUUGCGACCGAGUGUUUGGAAUGCCGUUCAGGCCGCCCUGACAACGAAUUAACCCGGGAUGAACCGGAAGAGGAAUUAGUCCGGGAGGUGGCUCUUAUUGCUGAGAUAAGGGCCACUCUGCUGAAAACCCUUGCCGAUAUCGAGGCCCAGCAGGUGGCAAACCGGGCUGCCCGGCAACGCAUGGAAUUCGACUGGAGCGAUAAAUUUUAUGCCCACGAGAAUGACGCCAUCAACUGUAAUUAUUCGAACAAAUCCUCGACGACAAUGUUCCGUCCCGGAGCCACCAGAUGCCCUAAUGAACAAUCAACGGAGAUCUAUUGGGAGAAAUUCAGUAGAGAUACGCUGGAUAUGUGCGCUGCAACUCGAAUGCAAUCGCAAAUCUUAAGAAAUACUCUGGACACGAUUCUGAUGAAUGCGGCCCGAGAUUUGCGAACACAGGCAGACAAAGUCGAACGGGCACUGGCCGAUCGGGUAUCUUGUCUGGAUGAGAUCCGACAGAAGUUGGAAAUCGACCUCCAAAAGACUUUACAAUCAUUGGCGAACACAGAAAUCCAGAUCGAAAAACUGAAAGUCGCUAUCGGGAAUAUGGACCACGCUAUGAAAGUCGUUCAAACGCGACUGGACAAUCGAAAUAAGCGCCCUAGGGUGGAAAACUGCCGGGACCAAUCCCAUCUGUUGCUGAUUGCCGAAGUAAAAUCCAUCGUGGAAGGAUUAUCGGCUAUGGAAGCUCAACUCGCUCAAUCGGAGGAAGUCAAGAAUGAAUUGAUAGCUCGUCGAAGCGAGCUAGAAAAGGAUAUUAUGAUGAAGCGAAGGACUAUUUUCAUUGACCGGGACCGAUGCCAACGCCUGAGAACCCAUUUCCCCUCAGCCACUGCUCUUAGUGGGUACUAAAAAAAAGGCUGAGACAUAUUUAUAGUAGUCAUGUAGUCUUUAUUAUACGAAAGAAUAAUUCAAGUAUCACAACUUUAUGGGUAAAAAGCACAGGAAAUCACUGAAAUAAAUAAAUCACAUGUGAA